GUACGCGAGAGACUCGUCAGCGCUCAGCUUUUUUUUUAAUUCAGUUCCAAAACAAUUCUCAGUCAAGUAGGUUGAAGUUUCAUUGCGCGAUAGCAUUCUGCUGUUUUUAAGCAACACUUAAAAAUUUUAUUUUCCGGAUUUUCCCGAAAAAGUUUGACAAAAAAUCUAUUUGGAUUGCAAGAAAAACAUUUGCUUUUUGUGUUUUGAUUAAUGUUACAAAACCCGCGAGAGUCAAGAAUAUAAAAUUGCGCGUAAAAUUUUGUGACCUUAGCUCAUCGCACGUUAAUAACUGCGUUGUCUCAUAUGAAUUGAAUGAGACGACUAUAAGAGAUGGGUAACUUAUUGUGCAAAGAUUCUUCAAAACGAGUAAAAACUCCAAAAAAAGGAUAUCGAGCGCCUGUCAAUAGUGUUUAUGGCAAACAGGAAAUUCAUCCAAAUUCACUAACAAGCGCCGACGGACCAAGCCCAAAAAUUUUCAACGAAACGAGAUCAAAUUUCUUCCAUUCAACACCGAACCUUAAUGAAGGUCAAAAGCUUUCGACAAUUAGUCUCGAUGCAAAAAUAUUUGAUAAUGGUGAAUAUAAAUCGCCACCAAUAGCACCGCCAAGGAAAAAACGAACUUCUGAUAAUAAACGUUCAACAUUGCCAACAGAUUUUGGUAGUGACAAAGUUGUUCGUAAUGGAUUCAAAGAUGUGUUUACUGGUGGCAAAAAGAAAUCAUUAACAUUCGAAGACAUUGAGUACAUUGAUAAAGAUGAAGAUGUUCUACAAACACGAGUUUCGACGUCACCUGAGAGAAAACUUCACGUUGGUAAUAAAAAAACUGACAAAUUCUUCGGUGAAGAUUUAUCUGAACAUCUUUCAGAUGAACAUAUCAAUGAAACAAAAGAGACAACAAAUAAUGAAACUAACGAAGAAUUUGAUUUGAAUUCAACUUCGGAAAAGAAACUUUUCUUCUUGAUGAACAUGCUUGAUCAUGAUCAACUCAACAAUGAUCAAUAUUUGAAUAUGAUUCCGAAAGAAACAACUCCUGAGAAAUCAGAAGACAAACAGUUGCGAAUCAAGAGAAUAAUUUCAAGAGAUGAACUUCCAUCACCACCAGCAACACCGCAAAGAAAGAGUGGAACUCCAUCAACUCCUACAAUCACAAUUGAAACAUUUGAAUUUAAUACCACAGCGAACAAUGAUAACAAUUCAUCUAAAAUCACGGAAACAAAAGUUGAAGUGAAGAAAGAAAUCAGUCCGGAAAGAACGACAUCAAUUCACCAUAAAAUAAAUCAUGACGACGAUCAGUUGCCGAAAGAAGAUCAUGCAAGUUCUGCUAGUGGCAAUACAAUUAUGACUCAUGGAUUUGUCGAUCACAUUCUUUCCAAGGCUUAUGGUUUUCAAGGCUACAACCCUGAAGAACAUGAACAUCUUCAUGAUGAUGGUAGCAAUUUAGUGACACCAACAAGUAAAUUGGCAGUUCGCAAGAUUUCUGUUGGUCGCAAAGUAAGCACAACAAGCAAUCCGUCCCUUGAUGGUGAUUUAACUAAAUUAAAUGAACUUCUUUCCCCUGGAACACCAACGAGAAAACUUUCAACUGAUGAAGCCGAACCUGAUCGUGGCACACCAACAUCACCCAUGAAAAAUCGUGACUUUCAAAAGCUUUUAAGCAAUGUUUCGAUGGAAGAUAUUAUCGAUGAAAUUUACAGUAAAAAUUCUGCGGUGAUGCAAGAAUUUCAAUCUUAUCUUGAGUCGUCUAUUGAAACUGAUCCAGUCAUUGAUGUUGCUGAAGAGAAAAAAUUCGUUGAGACGAAAGAAAUCACAGAUCGCGAGUUCAUCCAAACACCUGAACCAACAAAACUACCCGAACGUAAUGUUGAAGCCGAAGACAAUCUUUACAGCGAUUCAUUCGAAAGUUCCGACACUGAACAAGAAAUAAUUAAUGACAUGUCAAAUGUGUUUAAAAAAGUGGGAACACGAAGAAGAGAAUCGAUUGAAGAUGUCGAUGGUUGGUUUAAUAAUCAUCUCGAUCUUGAAGAAAAGAAAUCUCAACUUUGUGGCCCUCGAGAAAAUCUUCACUCAAAUCUAUCGACUUAUGAUCAAGAAAAGGUUUUUCCUUUCGGUCGAACAAUAGUAGAAAGACGAGAAUCGACAUCUGAUGAGUUCUUUGAGCCAGCUUCCAUUAACAGCAGUAUUUGUGUAGAUCAAACAUUGAGGGAUUCAAAAAAUAGCAUUUCUGAAGACGUCGAGAGUUCGAACAUUGUAGCAUCACCAAGAUCAUCAAAAUCUCCCGAAUCCAAUGAUGAUAAAGUUGAAACAAAGCCAAGAGUAACUCCAUCACCGAGAUCAUCAAAAUCUCCUGAUCAUUCAACUCUACUAAAAUUCUUGGAUCAUGAAUCAAAAAGUGAAAUAUUUUAA